AUGUCUCAGGUUGCACCAUCAAGCUCAAUAGCCGUCAAAUCACAACAAACUUCACAAAAAUUUCCAUCAUCUGCACAAAAAUUGCAAACAUAUCCCACGUCAUCGGCUGAUAAUUUAAACAACCAAUCAAAACUCAAGAAAAAGGGCGGCAAAAAAACGGAAGAUAGAUUGAAAAAAGCUGUCGGUAGGGUGUUGAUAGCCUUGACAUUUAAGAGGAAGCCGACAGCGGUCCAUGCAGCUGAAGCUGAUGACUCCAAAAGUGGCGUCCUCAAUAAAUCCUUCACAAAAACUCAAUCGAUCGAUCAGAGUGGGACUGGAGGAUAUGAUGACGUAAGAGUAAGUAAACCGGAUGAUGAGGAUCAUGGUGAUGAGGAAGAUGAUAUCAUUUCAGAGGACGAGGACUUGACGCAGUUUAACAGUUGGAAUAAAAAUGCCAAUUUAAGCACUAGACAAGCUCAUUAUUUUCAAUCGAGAGAGUAUAGCGAAGGAAAUGAAACGCUGGAAGGAGGUGACGCGUUUGUUUGUGAAUCAAGGAAGAAGCAAGCUGCUACUUCAAGAGAUGGAUUGGUGGAUGGUUUGGUGUGGUGGAUGUGUGGUAGAAGUAUCUGUACGUGUAUAAAAUUAGUUGUGGCCAGUUGUGGCAGGCGUGAUCAGGUUUUGGGGAAAAUCCAAAAAAUGCCCGUUGCCAUUAUUCCAUUUAAAUAG